AAGAAAUGUAAAAAAUAAGAGUUUACGUAUGUAGACGACAAAGAAAUCCAGGAUAUGACUCCAGCUGAGAGGUUAAAGGUACUCGUCUUCUUGGCGUUGUUCUUCGGAGCAGUCGGGUUUCUGUUAACGCUGCUCUCCUGUGGGACAGAGUACUGGCUGCUGGCUUCUGAGACCUGCAGCCAGAGAGAGGGGGAGACAAGCAGCAAGGUAAGUUGUUUGUUAUUUUGGAGCAGGUACAUGAAAAUAAAGGUCAAAUGAAUCAAAAUAAACCAGUAAGUGGGUCAAAUGAAAGGGGUGGACUUAAGUCUGCUUUAAAUGUCACUUAAAAUGUCAGUACUUGACUGUCAAGAGUGGAAAAUGUAGAUAUGCCAAGUGCUGACUUAAAACACUGAGUACUUGUGAGGUAGUAUCUGGCUUUAUAUGUGUAAAAAACACCUUUAGUGGACACAGGUCCUAAUACUUUUAGGUUUUAUGAUUUAAUAAUAAUGUAUUAGUUAUAAUAAUUACAAUAAUCCUUCUUAAUAUUUCUAGAAAAAAUAGAAUUUUCAGAUUAAGACAAUUAGAGUGCUACUGAAAAGUUGCAAUAUUAUAAAGAACAGUUAGGGCCUGUGUCCAUUUUCCAAACCAAACAAGUGCAGACCAUCCACCCCAGUGCUUUGUGUCGCUUCUACUUAAACAACCGGAAAAUCUGAUGUUUUAGUAACAAAGUUAAAAAGCUUUUAACCCAUGAAACACCACAUCUUAAUGACCAAUCAAUCAGUUUUAAACAGGGGGCAGGACUCCUAAUACUGACUCGGUCAACAACAAUGAUAAAGCAGAAAUAGAAAUUUUUUUUAAAGGGUAAACUACAGGUCAAAAACUACUUCCUCUCUGUUUUAUUUAUAUAUUUUUGGCAAUGUUCCUUUAAAAUUAAAGCAACAGUAACCACACAUAUAAUUGUAAAGCAGAAUUAAGUGACUAUGGUAAAGGAUAUAGAAAAGCCAAGAAAUGACUUGUAACAAAAAUGCUUUUAGUGGACACAGGCCCUGACACUUUGAGUAAACUUUGUUUUGUUCCCAAUAUUUCUUAAAAAAAGUUUAAUUUUCAACUUCAGACAAUAACAGCAUCAAUAAAAAAAAUGCAAUAUUAUUAAGAAAAAAGGGCCUAUGUCCACUGAAUGCAUUUAUAUUGCACUGACAACACUUAUUUUCCAAACAAAUCAAUGCAGAGUGUCCAUCCCAGUGCUUUGUCCCCUUACAACUUUAAAAGCUAAAAAAUGCUUUUAGUGGACUCGGGCCCUAACUCUUCUAAAGUUUUUUUUCUUUCGUUUUUCAUAUAUUUUUUUCAAGAAUGAACCUUCAGAUUAAGACCAUUACAGGGCCAAUAUUAUAAAUUGAAAUAUCGGGGCCUGUGUCUACUGAAUGCAUUAAUAUUACAAAACUUAUUUUCCAAACACAAUCAAUGCUUCGUGCCCUUACAGUAUCAGUGCAAAAAGUGACUUCAAUGGACACGGGCCCUUAAACUUGAAUUUUUUUUUUUUUUUUUUUUGUGGUCCUUAUAUUUCUGGAAAAAGGUGAAUUUUUGGAUAAAGAUGGAAAAAAAACAAGAAGGUGCAUUUAUUCUGUAUUUGGUGAAGGUAAACCCAGAGGUACAGACUUUGUCUUCCUGGUUUCUGCUUCUUUAUACUCAAUAAAUAAAAACAUAAACAUAGAUAUAGGAUGUAGACCCUUUCAAAUCUACUCGACUCAAUGUGUAUGUUUUCUGACUCAGGCUCCAGACAGUGUGAGGAUCUUUCAUGAAGGGCUCUUCUGGCGCUGCUCUUUCACCGCUGAUUCUGAAGAAUUUUCUAUCUUGGAUCUCUGGAUCUGUACGAACCUUCACUCAGCAGCUGUUAUACAUUUAUCUGAUGGGUCACAGCAGUAUCUUACAGAUCUGUUGUGCUCUCUUUUAGCCAAUCAGCCUUCAUCAAAGAUAUGCCAGGCUGCCUUCCUCUUCCCGUUUCCUGUUUAUGAGCCGUCAUGGGCAGAGCCUCGUGGAUCGCCGUCAGAGGCGUUUGAACACAGCUCAGCCAUUGGUUUGUUUUCUUCUCUAACAUAUGAAAAAUUCUGCUUUAAUUGAUUUUCUUUUUUACACAUACCUGAAUUUCUCAUGUGUUGUUCAGUUUUCAGGACCUUCUGGAGUAUUUUCCUGGUUGUCGGUUUAAUGUCAGCCUUUAUUGGUGCGUUUGUCCUCGUCUGCGCUGGACCGCCAGCCAAUUACAAGCUCUACAAAGUGGGUGGGGCCCUACAGCUCAGCAGCGGUAAGGAGAAAGUAGAUCACAACAUUAAUAACUCUGUAUGAACCUGAUCUUAAUGUGGGCCUCUGUCUGUCUGUCUCUCAGGUGUGUGUCUCUUCGCAGUGGUGCUCAUGUACCUGAUGUGGGUCCAGGUUUUGGACACUCUGGAGCAGUUCGCCCUCCACCAGACGGUCUCCUCCUGUCCCUCCUUCCACCUCAGCAUCCAGCACGGCCCUUCAUUCCUCCUCGCUCCAGCCGCCGUCUUCUUCUACCUGCUGGCCGGUCUGCUGUCCAUCCUGUUGGGCUGCAGCAUCCAGGAAACACAGAAAGACAAUACAGAGAUGAUCCAAGGAGAUCCAGCUUCUGAUGUUUGAACUGGAUUAUGAACUCCUAUGACUACAAAUAUUGAUCCAGCUCUAAGUUAUGCUGCUGUAGGGUUAGACUGCUGGCUAACUGGGCGAGUUCCUUUCUAACUAAUAUGAGUCUGAUUCUGCUUGAGGUUUCUGCCUGUUAAAGGGAUAUUCCUGUGUAAAAUUAAGUUAGGGUCAAACAC